AUGGCUGUGCGCAGCAGCAGCACCUUGACGCCCUUCUCCAUCCAGGCGAUCCUCAACAAGAAAGAGGAGCGUGGCGGGCUGGCCGCGCCCGAGGGGCGCCCGGCACCAGGGGGCACAGAGGUGGCAGUGGCCGCGGCGCCCGCCGUCUGCUGCUGGCGGCUCUUCGGGGAGACGGAGGCCGGUGCGCUGGGGGGCGCCGAGGACUCUCUUCUGGCGUCUCCCGCCCGAAGCAGAACAGCUGUGGGGCACAGCGCGGAGAGCCCCGGAGGUUGGGACUCGGACUCAGCCCUGAGCGAAGAGAAUGAGGGCAGGAGGCGCUGCGCGGACGUCCCGGGAGCCAGUGGAGCGGGCCACGCUAGGGUGACCCUGGGCCUGGAGCAGCACGCCGCCAAGGACCUGGAGGAGGAAGCCCGGGUCCGCAGCGACAGCGAGACGUCAGCCAGCGUUUCAGGCGACCAUAGCCCAAGAGACGAGGACGGCAGUGUUAGCCCUGGAGGUGCACGCGUGCCUGGGUUGUGCGGCGCAGCGGGCGGCGGGGCUAGCGGCGGGCAGGCGGGCGGCAUGGAGGAGGAGGAAGAGCCCGCAGCCCCUAAGCCGCGAAAGAAGCGCUCUCGGGCAGCCUUCUCUCACGCCCAGGUCUUCGAGCUGGAGCGCCGUUUUAACCAUCAGCGCUACCUGUCCGGACCGGAACGCGCUGACCUGGCAGCUUCACUGAAGCUCACAGAGACGCAAGUGAAGAUCUGGUUUCAGAACCGUCGCUACAAGACCAAACGCCGGCAGAUGGCCGCCGACCUGCUCGCCUCAGCACCCGCCGCCAAGAAAGUGGCCGUAAAGGUGCUGGUGCGUGACGACCAAAGACAGUAUUUGCCCGGAGAGGUGUUGAGGCCACCUUCUCUUCUGCCCCUGCAGCCCUCCUACUACUACCCUUACUACUGCUUCCCGGGCUGGGCGCUGUCCACGUGCGCGGCCGCUGCUGGUACCCAGUGA